AUGGCGACGGCGACGGAGCAGGUCAAGGAGGUGAUGGUGGGCUUCUCCAAGCCGCAGGAGAUGUCCCUCGAGACUCGGUCGAGCUGGCUGCAGUAUGCGAAGAAAGAUGAGAAUGGAGAGCUAUUCAUGGAUAGGGAAGCGUUUGUGGACGCCGUGGCACCCCCAGAGGAAGACUAUCACAAAAUCCCCCGUGAGCAGUACGGCUUGCUGUUCAUGGUAGCAGACCGCAAGAAGGCCGGUCGCAUCACACAAGACGAGUACGCCUCGUUCCACUCUCUUCUACAGCGACCCGAUGCGCCCGAGUACCUCAUCUGCUUCCGCCUCUUCGAUCGCGACAACGAGGGUGUCGUUAAGGUCGACAAACUUCAGAAGAUCUACGAUGAAUAUCGUGGCAAGAAUGGUCUCGCGUUCGACUUCAAGGGUCCGUGGGCGAGUCUGUACUUUGGCUCCGAGCACAACAGACAUGAUAUGACCUAUGACCAGUUCGCGCAGAUGAUAAGAGGUUUGCAGGGUGAGCGCAUUCGACAGGCGUUCCAGCACUAUGACACCGACAAAGACGGCAUGAUCACCCCAGAGCAGUUCGCCAACAUCAUCCGCGACAAUCAAGGUCACAAGCUGUCCGACCACAUCCUCGAGAAUCUGCCCACACUAUGCAACAUCCAGAACGGCGCAAACAUCACAUACCCUGUCAUCAGAGCCUUUCUCAAUAUCACAAGAGAGAUGGACCUCCUAGAUCUCAUCAUCCGCAACGCCACCAGAAAAUCCUCAGACGGUCGCAUCGACAAGCGGGACUUCCUCGAAGAAGCACAGCGCGUUACCCGAUUCUCACAAUACACUCCUCUCGAGGCCGAAAUCCUCUUCCACUUCGCCAGCCUCGAUAAUCCUACCGGCCGUCUCAGCAUCUGGGACUUCACAAAGGUUCUCGACUCCUCAUAUCGCUUCGGUCCACGGCUAGAAGGCUUCUCCGAGAAGGCCGAAGAGGCUGCAGCGGCAGGCACAUCAUUCUUCCACGGCUUGAUCAAGUCUGGCCACCACUUCGGUCUCGGUGCCAUCGCCGGUGCUCUUGGUGCCUUUGUUGUCUACCCUAUCGAUCUCGUCAAGACACGAAUGCAGAAUCAGCGGUCUGGAGUCAUUGGUCAGCGUCUGUACGACAACUCUAUCGAUUGCGCGCGCAAGAUCAUCCGGAACGAAGGUUUCAAAGGCCUGUACGCUGGUCUACCGCCACAGCUGGUUGGUGUUGCUCCUGAAAAGGCUAUCAAGCUCACCGUCAAUGAACUCUUGCGAGGUACAUUCAAGGAUCCGAAGACUGGUCAGAUUGGAUUCCCUCUGGAGAUGGUAUCUGGCGGUACAGCUGGCGCAUGUCAAGUCAUCUUCACCAACCCCCUCGAAAUCGUCAAAAUCCGCCUACAAGUCCAAGGUGAACUCGCCAAGAAAUCUGACGCCGUCCCCAAACGCUCCGCCAUGUGGAUCGUCCGCAACUUGGGUAUCGUCGGCCUCUACAAAGGCGCCGCCGCCUGCCUCUUGCGUGACGUCCCUUUCUCUGCAAUCUACUUCCCUACCUACGCACACAUGAAGAAGGACGUCUUCGGCGAGAGCGAAACCAACAAGAUUGGUGUUCUGCAGCUUAUGAUCAGCGGUGCGAUCGCCGGUAUGCCUGCUGCGUACUUUACGACGCCGGCGGAUGUGAUUAAGACACGUCUGCAGGUCGAAGCGCGCAAAGGCGAAGCCACAUACAACGGUCUGGUCGAUUGCUUCCGGAAGAUCCUCAAGUCAGAAGGUCCGAGAGCGUUCUUCAAGGGCGGUCCGGCGCGUGUCAUUCGUUCCAGCCCGCAAUUCGGUGUUACGUUGGCGUCGUUCGAGGUCCUCAAUGGUCUGCUGCCGCUGCCGGCCAGCAUCGAUCCGGACGCGCACAAGCAAGCGGGAGUCGAAGCCUUGGAGCCUGGUGUUGGUCUGCGUGAAGCUAAGGCGCCGCUGCCGUUCUUGCGGUGUAGGAGUGCGUUGAAGCUCGUGAUGGACAUCGACAAGGAUUUCGGUAGGAUGAAGGUUCCAGAGGGGCUUGUUGGAGGAGGUCUCUGGCGGAAGUAG